GGCACAUAACUAGCACAACAUCGUUGCAUGCAUAACAAAGAAAUUUUGUGGCUAAAACCGCAAAAUGCUUGUUGCUGAACCUUUUCUAGUGGAAAGGUUACUUUCAUAACGCUUUCACAUGAUCGCCCUGCGAGAGAAAGUCUUCAAAAAAUCUCCCUGCGUUUGAAUUUGGAGGUUAGCAGUUCACGUUUGCUUUUGGAGAAAUGAGUUUACGACGCUCGCUUUGGUGUGUGUAAACUUGGGAUUUGCAAGUGGCUAAAAAGCUACGUAUAAUAUAUCGCUGAAGAAUGAUAACUGACUGAAUAUGGAGGAUGCAGUUGAAUCACUGAUUGUGGAGGAAGAAAGCAAGAAAUUGAUCAAAAGCAAGUCUAUAUUUCAACGUUUUCGAAAUAAGAGCGUAACUGAGAAUAAUAACCCUACAGACAGCAAGCUUUCAACACUCAAGAGUGACAGCAUGAACCCUAAUGAAGAUCAUGUAGACAGCGAGAAUUCAUCACCUCACACUAAUGGAGUAAAGGAAAGUAUACUGAAUGGAAUAAAAGAGAAGGAUGGUUCUCCACCACAGAAAAAUAGCUCAUGCCUCUUGCUACGACUUUUUGAAUCUAAGUUGUUUGAAAUGUCAAUAGCAAUGUCAUAUCUCUUCAAGUCAAAAGAGUCAGGUGUACAAGCCUACUUGGGGAAUAAGCUCUUUAGUCUUGAUCGCUCUGAUGUGGAUAAAUACUUGCCUCAACUUGUAAAUAUGUACAUACACAUGGAGGAUGUUGCCUUUGCAAUCUAUCAUUAUUUCACGGAGCGUGCAAAGACUGAUGUGGAAUUCGCUGUCCAGCUUUCCUGGUUACUUGAAGCCCAUUGUGCUGAUGGCUGGCUGCCCAGUCGUGAACAUCAAAGAGGACUGAAACUUGUUAAGAAAAUUCUAGAGGAAAGCACCAAACAAAAAAUGUCAACAGCACACACAGUAAAUGGCCAUCAGCCAACAUCCAGUCAUAAGAAAAUCAGCCAUCAAAGAUCAAGAUCAGAUGCAACUGCUGCAAUUGUUACCUCUAAUGUUUUUCAAGGGACAACACCAUUCAACAGUUCAUCAGGAGAUCUAAGAUAUGGUCAUGCCUUUGAUAGCUACUGCAGUAAACACACACAUUUUGUACCAUCAAACUCAGCUUCAACAACUGUCUUAGAACAACUUGCCAGAAUGCACUCAGAAUGUGACUGUCAGGGUCCAAGGUUGGUGGCACAAAGGGAAUUUGUUCAUGCACUUGUAGCUACUGGAGAGAAACUCAGAGGACUGGCAACAAAAGAUCUAAAAGUAUCGGCGUUAUAUGCUGAACUGUCUCUUCUUAACCUAAACCUACCAGCCAGAGUAUUUCUACCAAUAUUUCCAAUUCCAUUUAAACAUCAUGUUGUUAGAAUACCCCAUACUGUUGCUGCCGUUCUGAACUCCAAAGACAAGGCGCCAUAUUUGAUCUAUGUUGAAGUCUUAGAAUCUCAUACUCCUGAUUCAUCACCAAAUCCAGCAAAGAGAUUAGACAAUACGUCUCUUCGUCAAACACGUUCUGAAGAAGCGCUUCCAACAUUUUGUCGUUCGCGGUCGUCGUCGGUGAAAUUUACUGUGAAUGGUGACUCGGAUGACGAUGUUUGGUCAGGUGUGGUUGAGGAGCAGAAAGAAAAUGGACCAAAAUGCGAUGAAACGGACUCCGUGUAUAUUGCUGCUGGUGACGUUCGUAAGAGACUAAGUCAACAGCUCACAGCACCAAGGAAGACAAGAUUUAAUAAGGAUCCAGAUGAUCCAUCAGCAUCAGUUUUAAAAGAACCGUUUGCAGAGAAAGAAUCUAGAAUCAGAGCCAAUUCUCCAUACGGACAUCUUCCUAAUUGGAGAUUAUUAUCAGUAAUUGUUAAAGUUGGGGAUGAUCUACGACAGGAAUUACUCGCUUAUCAACUUCUCCGACAGUUUCAGGCCCUAUGGAAAGAAGAGAAAGUACCGUUAUGGCUGAAACCUUAUGCUGUCGUUGUUACGUCGAACGAAAGUGGUUUUAUUGAACCAAUCGUUGACGCUGUGUCUUUACAUCAGAUCAAGAAGCACAGUCAGAUGUCUUUGCUCAACUAUUUUAUCAAGGAACAUGGUGAUGUGAAUUCAGAAGAGUUUCUUUCAGCACAAGAAAACUUUGUUCAAAGUUGUGCUGCCUAUUGUCUUAUUUGCUAUAUACUUCAAGUCAAAGACAGACACAAUGGCAACAUCUUACUGGAUGCCGAAGGUCACAUCAUUCAUAUCGACUUUGGUUUUAUUUUAUCUUCGUCUCCUGGGAGUAACUUUGGAUUUGAAAGUUCACCUUUUAAACUCACCCACGAAUUUGUGGAGGUCAUGGGCGGUGUUGACAGUGAUAUGUACAACUUUUUUAAAAUUCUUAUGCUUCGCGGAUUCUUGGCCGCCCGAAAGAACAUGGAGAAAUGUCUGGAGCUUGUGGAAAUCAUGCAGACAGGCUCCCAACUGCCGUGUUUUGUUCGUGGUUCGUCCACAGUACGCGCCAUGCGAGAACGUUUUCACUUAAACUUAACCGAAGAACAACUCAGUGAACUCAUUGAUAGGAUGGUUGAGACUAGCAUGAAUUCUAUAACCACUAAAAUAUACGAUGGUUAUCAAUACAUAACUAACGGCAUAUUAUGACGUCAUCACAACUGAUUUCAUACCAUGAAUGAGUGGGUGUGUCUUGCUGGAAUGGUUGAGUAAGAAUGGCGAUUGUCGUAACUCGUAAGAAUCAAUCAUCGCAUGGGACACUAUGCCGCAAUUUGGGUUAUAUACACCAAUGAAGGUCUGGUCGUAUGUCUGAAUCCUUUUAAAUCUAGAAAAGGGAAAGUUGUGAAAAGUUCUAACCGUAAUAAGUUCUAGUUUUAUUGGUGGUUAGCUGAAGUGGUUAACAAUUAAUAUGAUGAUGGUGAUCAUAAAGAUAGUAAUAAUGAAGGCCGUUGAUUAAACACGACUUUUCGAAGUAUUCGCAAAUAUCAAGUAAUAUUUCAUGUCGUAA